UCAUCUCUCUUCUCUAAAUAAAAUUCACUUGCUCGUCGCUUCUCCUCCCAAAUCCAGCAACAGCAUGUCGGCGGCGGUGGCUUCUUCGUCUUCCCUGGAACCGGGCCAGAGCUCCAACCGCCGCAUGGCGGCGAAGGAGGAAUCCGAGGAUGUACCCAUGGACAACUCCGAUGGGGACGCCGACCAGUCCGAUGAUUGCAGCCCCAUGGCCUUGCGCUCUCCAGGCGCCGGCGCUGCUGCUGCGGCUAGAAAGAAAAAGGCUGUGCAGAGCCAUAGGCAGAGAGUGACUGCUGGUUUUUGCUUUUAUUCAAGCUUGUCCCUCAGAAAACCACCCGCCAUACCUCGGUUGGAGGGGGCUUUCGAAAAGGAUUCUGCUAAGCAGCUUGGGGAAGCUUGGGCCAAGUUUUUCCAUGCCAAUGGCAUUCCUGUGGAGAAAGCCGACUGCCCGUACUUCCGGGAGGCCAUGAGGUUGACACAACAGCUUGGGGACAGUGUUCAGCGCAUCCCUACAGGGUCAGAGAUAGAUGGACCGUAUCUGCAGUCUGAGUAUGACGAACUGGAGGAGUAUGUGGCAGGACUCAAAUGUCAUUGGGAACUGCACGGUGUGAGUGUCCUGUGUGAUUCUUGGACAGGGCCUUCUGGGACAAGCAUCGUGAACUUCAUGAUCGCCUGUGACGGGCGCAUGUUCUUCCAUAAGUCUGUUGAUGCCACCGGUCAACUUCACAAUGCCCAGUAUAUCUAUCAGCACAUCAGGGAGGUGGUUGUGGAGGACAUUGGACAAGGCUUUGUAGUUCAAAUUGUGACAGAGAAUGGAUCCAGUCUCAAGGAAGCGUGCGAACAACUCAUCAAGGAGUAUCCACGCAUUGUUUGGCAGCCAUGUGCAGCUCACACUGCUAAUCUCAUGCUGGAGGACAUCGGAAAUAUCCCCAAGGUUGACGCAGUGGUCUCUAGUGCCAAGCGGAUAUGUAGGUUCUUCUACAAUCAUUCUGAACUGCACGAUCAAAUGAAAACCAAGAUUGGUGGAGAGUUGAUCCAACCUAAUGCUGCAAGGUUUGGAACUGACUUUAUGUUCCUACAAAGUUUCUGGGAUAGCAAAGACAAGCUCAGGCAGUGGGUGGUCUUAGAUGAGUGGUCAGAUAGCUCUUGGAAUAAGGAGCCAGAUUAUGACUACACGUACGACUCCUUAGUAAGCUCGUCUUGGUGGGAAGAUGUGAAGUGGGUGCUAGAUAUAACUCGGUCACUUUAUGCCGUACUUAGGCACGCGGAUUCACAAAAGACUACACUUUCUGUAUUUAUGCCUAGGAUGACUGCCGCUAGGGAUGAAAUGCAAUCUCUUUUCCAGAUGGGGUCAGAAGAUUGGAAGAAUGUCAUGGAUGUGGUGGACAAGAAGGUCGCAGAUAUAUACAAAGACAAUUUUAUGAUUGCAGCUGGUGUGCUUGAUCCUGAGGCCCACUACAAGUAUGAUCUUGCCAGCAAUCCAGAUUACAUGCAAGCAUUCAAGAUGACAAUUCAGAAGUGCAGGGGGAUGACUCCGGGCAGGGUCAUGAUGACACGCUCUAGCCGAAAUGACGAAAACAAAGCCGGCAUGGUCAAGCAUGCAAGCAUCGUAAAGCCAAGUUAACACUAAGCCGGCAUACCGAGUAUAUGUCGGCACGACUAUCUUAUUUUAUGAGUUUGCAGGAUAACGACAAGCCCCUUGAUCUCGGCCCGUGCCGAGAUCCUUCAACGGUCUUAUCCUGACCACGCGGCGCAAAGAAAAGCAGCGUCAUUAUUAUUGCGGGAAAAGCAGUGGUCGCUUAUGUAGCCGUGCCAGGUGACUGCACAAAAGAAGCACCGAAAGAGAAUUUCUGAUGGGAACCGGCGGAGGUCAAUAGUACUUGUUGCAGGGUGCCAGAGAAAGUAAAGUUGUCUUAUGCCCUGCGGUGCCACUCGGAGGGAACCAAGCUGCGUGCUAGGCGGGGCCUAAGGAAGGUGACGUUUGUACUCGGUCAACAUGUUAGUGUGACAUGGGCUGCUUAUAAAUAGAGCACCACCCCUCUGUGGAGAAAGGGAGGGAACACUUAGUCAUUUAGGGUUUCCUUUUCUUUUUCUUCCUCCUCAAGAAUACAGUUCAAGGAGCGCCAUUGCAAGAGCUUGUCUAUCUCGGCUAAUACAAAAAAGCAGAAGUAAGAGUCUUACCUUGGCAAGAGGGUUCUGAACCUGGGUAAAUCGCGGUGUGCUUGUGUA